AUGCCUCAACGAUGCAUGAUCUACAUCAAACGCAAUUUUCCCCGAGAGCGUUUUGAAACGGUCAUUCUCGCGCUCUCGGAAUGGAUGUACUACAAGGGCAUCGAUAUCAGCAAGCCCGAGAACCUGGCAAAGUUGUUGCAGGAGCACCAGUACACUGAUCCGGAGAUUCAGGCCAUCCUGGGCGCGGCGAAACAACCCGAGUACAAGGAUGCACUGGCGUCCAACACGCAAAAGGCCUUGGAUCACGGUGCAUUUGGUGCGCCGUGGUUCUGGAUACGUAACAAGGAGGGCAAAGAGGAGCCUUUCUUUGGAAGUGAUCGAUUCGCUUUCAUGUGGCAAUUCUUGGAUAUUCCUUUUCAGGAUGUUACCAUUGUGGAGAAGGCCAGGUUGUAG